AUGAAGAGAUUGCUUUUUACUAAAUUUCAUUAUAUUAUUUACGUAAUCUGCGCAACUAUUCCAUUUCUAAUAAAGUUCGAACAACCAUUACCUAGACCUGUUACUGCAAAAGACUCUCAUUUUUUCUGCAAUCUUAAUAGUUCAACAAAUUCAAUUACUUCAUCAAAAAGAGAUGUUGUUUUCUUCUACGGAUCCAAAUUCAGUCAAGGACUUGAGCUGGCAAUUAAAUCUCUUAGAUCGACCGGAUCAAAUUGCAGAAUUAUUUUAUUCACGCCUACAAAUUUCCAAAUAACUCGCUAUCAGCAAUCGAUGUUUCAUAGUCUUCAAGUUGAAGUUAUUCAAGAAAAAGAUCCAAAACCAAAUCGUGGAGAUGUACCUCAUAUGAUAAGAUAUGAAUAUGAACAAAAAUGGUUGAAAAACAAUAUAAAUAAAGUUGAUCGCAUAUUUCAUACUGAUACUUUUGAUGUUUAUUUUCAAGGCGAUCCAUUUCAUUCCCAUAUCAAUUCUGACAGAUUAACAUUUGUAGUUGAACCACAUUUUAUUCGUUCCUGCGGUUGGAAUACAAAUUGGCUAUCAAAAUGUUAUAAAGAACCAAUUUUAGGACAAAUGAGGCACCAAUUCAUCAUUUGUUCAGGAUCUAUUGCAGGUAGAGCAGACAUGUACUUAAAACUGCUCAAUUUGAUGAUAGAUUCGCCAGAAUGGAGCAGAUGCUGGAAUCCUUCCAUGGAUCAGCCAAUUUUGAAUACUCUAGUAUGGAUGGGAAAUGUUACGAAGGCUGGCAUCAAAUACAGCUUCACAGGAUGCGAUAAUGGCUUCUUUACAGUUCAAUGGUGCGCUCUUGAGCACAAAAUAAGAUUUAACGAGCAUGGACAAAUAAUUUCACUAAUGAACACCGUCCCCUCGUAUGUCCAUCAAUAUAAUAGACUUGCUGAUUUAACAAAAGAUUUGUAUAAGAGAUGUCGUGUAAUAGAGAGAAAAUAA